GUCAUGCUCAGCCCCCGCCAUUCUCUCUUACUACUGAACCGCCUCGAGCUACUCCCGUCCGGGUAUUAUACGAUGAGUCCAUGACCGACUCUCACAUCCUCCAUCUCCCUCCAUCUCCAUCGCUCCAUCCGCUCUCCCAUCUCUCACUCCGCCGACUUCCUCUUUCUUUCCCGCUAAUACAUUCAAAUCUUGAAAUCUUGUUUCUUCUGUUCAGCCUCGCUCACUUCCCACCCUUUCCCUCUCUCCCCCCCCCCUCCCUCUCCGCCCCUCUCCCUCUCUCCCUCUCCCUCCAUCAUCCUCUCUUCCUAUCUCUCCCCCUCCCCCCCCGUCUCUCAUUUCCUUCCUGGUCCUCCUUACUCGGCCUGGAUCUGUUCGAUACCGCCCCUCGGUCGGGUGCGCCCCCCAGUGGUCCUCUUGCUUUGCGGUUCAUGCGGUCGUCGCGAAUUCCAUUCUAGGCUUGCCUUGAUCGGCCUUUUGCCUCCCUCUCCCCCAGGCCGGGUCUGCCUGUUCCGUCCUCCCUCCUCAACUCCAAUAUGGGUUCCAAUCUGCCCGCUCAGCCAAAUCUCAGGAUCACAAUCAUCGCCGCCGAUGGUCUAUAUAAGCGCGAUGUCUUCCGUUUCCCCGAUCCUUUCGCGGUGGCAACGGUUGGUGGUGAGCAGACCAAAACGACGUCGGUCAUCAAGAAGACCUUGAACCCAUACUGGAAUGAGAUCUUUGAUCUGCGAGUCAACGAAGAUAGCAUUCUGGCCAUCCAGAUUUUCGACCAGAAGAAAUUCAAGAAGAAGGAUCAGGGCUUUCUCGGUGUGAUCAACGUGCGCGUCGGAGAUGUCAUCGACCUCCAGAUGGGUGGCGAUGAGAUGCUCACCAGGGACCUGAAGAAGUCCAACGAUAACCUGGUCGUUCAUGGAAAACUCAUCGUCAACCUGUCCACCAACCUCACGGCCCCCGCCACUAACCAAACGAACGGGAUGCAUCGUUCCCACAACGCGCCGUCCACCGCCGCCGGCUUGGUCCCGCAAGUGAACGCCCCGCACGCGCCCGGUCAUGCGGACCCCCCGCCCCCGAUCACGAAUCCGUCCGCGAACCCCCAGCGCGUACCAUCGUCCACCCGGCCGCCCACUACGAUCGUCCCCGUCAACGGGGCCGCGACGGCCGCCAACAACCAGCAUGGCUCCCGGACCAACCUCAGCUCGUUCGAGGACAGUCAAGGCCGUCUGCCGGCCGGAUGGGAGCGACGGGAGGACAAUCUGGGCCGGACCUAUUACGUCGACCACAACACGCGGACCACCACGUGGACCCGCCCGCCGUCGAACUACAACGAACACACGCAGCGAACGCAGCGCGAGGCGAACAUGCAGCUGGAGCGGAGGGCGCACCAGAGUCGGAUGCUGCCCGAGGACCGCACGGGCGCCAGUUCCCCGAAUCCGCAGGAUCAGCCCCCGCAGGCCUCGACCCCGCCGGCGGGUGGCAGCGCCAACGCGGUGUCCAUGAUGGCCACGGGAGCAACCACGGCAGGCACUGGGGAGCUCCCGCCCGGGUGGGAGCAGCGGACCACCCCUGAAGGCCGGCCGUAUUUCGUCGAUCACAACACCCGCACCACCACCUGGGUCGAUCCGCGCCGACAGCAGUACAUCCGCAUGUACGGCCAGAAUGCCGGCACCACCAACAACACGACGAUCCAGCAGCAGCCCGUCUCGCAGCUGGGCCCGCUGCCCAGCGGCUGGGAGAUGCGCCUGACCAACACGGCUCGCGUGUACUUUGUCGACCACAACACCAAGACCACCACUUGGGAUGACCCGCGCCUGCCGUCGUCGCUGGACCAGGGCGUGCCGCAGUACAAGCGGGACUUCCGACGGAAGUUGAUCUACUUCCGCUCCCAGCCGGCCCUGCGCAUCAUGUCCGGACAGUGUCACGUCAAGGUGCGCCGGAACAACAUCUUCGAGGACUCCUACGCCGAGAUCAUGCGACAAAGUGCGUCCGACCUGAAGAAGCGACUGAUGAUCAAGUUUGACGGGGAGGACGGUCUCGACUAUGGUGGUCUAUCUCGUGAAUUCUUCUUCCUUCUCUCUCAUGAAAUGUUCAACCCCUUCUACUGUCUGUUCGAGUACUCGGCCCACGAUAAUUAUACGCUGCAAAUCAACCCGCACUCGGGUGUCAACCCGGAGCAUCUGAACUACUUCAAGUUCAUCGGACGCGUGGUCGGGCUGGCAAUCUUCCACCGCCGUUUCCUGGAUUCCUUCUUUAUCGGGGCGUUCUACAAGAUGAUGCUGCGCAAGAAGGUGUCCUUGCAGGACAUGGAGGGCGUGGACGAGGAUUUGCACCGCAAUCUGGCAUGGACUUUGGAAAAUGACAUUGAGGGCAUCAUUGAGAUGAACUUUGCGGUGGAUGACGAGAAGUUUGGCGAGCGUCGCACGAUCGACCUGAAGCCGGGUGGACGGGACGAGCCUGUCACCAACGAGAACAAGGGCGAAUAUGUCGAGCUGGUGACUGAGUGGAAGAUCGUCAAGCGGGUGGAGGAGCAAUUCAACGCGUUCAUGUCGGGCUUCAACGAGCUGAUCCCCGCGGAUCUGGUCAACGUGUUCGACGAGCGGGAACUGGAGCUGCUGAUCGGAGGUAUCGCGGACAUCGACGUGGACGACUGGAAGAAGCACACGGACUACCGCGGGUACCAGGAGCAGGACGAGGUCAUUCAAAACUUCUGGAAGAUCGUGCGCACCUGGGAUGCGGAGCAGAAGUCUCGACUGCUGCAGUUCACGACGGGUACCUCGCGAAUUCCGGUCAACGGGUUCAAGGAUCUGCAAGGGUCAGACGGGCCUCGACGAUUCACGAUCGAGAAGUCGGGGGAUCCAUCAGCGCUCCCCAAGUCGCACACCUGUUUCAACCGGCUGGAUCUGCCUCCUUACAAGACGCACGACGCAUUGGAGCACAAGAUGUCGAUCGCCGUGGAGGAGACGUUGGGUUUCGGACAGGAGUAGAACUUUUUUCAUAUAGUAAUAUUGCCGUAGAGCGUCCCAUCUGUUUUGUCAUUGGACUUGAUGGUAUCUCUAUCCAUUGGACUACGGAACGGAUACGGAUACGGAUACGGAAAUAUCGAUAUAUUCCCCUCUUCUUCCUUUCAUUUUAUUUCCCUUCCGCAUCAUAUCAUAUCAUCUUCAUUCCAUCUUCAUCUUCAUUUUCUCGGUACAUGCGUGGUCAGUCGGUCGAACAGGACAAAUCGUCGCGCGAGUUUGGAUUGCUUGUUUCUUUGAUUUUUUUCUUUGUUUUGCCUUUAUCCUAUCCGAAUAUCUUCCAUUUCAUUUGUGGAGGAGGAUUUGUAUAUACUCUGUAUUAUUGCCUACGAUAACGUGACGGACUGAUUGUGCCGAGUUCUUCUUCUUCUCUUGUCUGUUGACUUUGUCGUUUGUGAUGUUGAUGGGAUGGUGAGUUGAGUAGGAAAUGGAGAUGGAAUAGCUUCGUGCCAAUUAGGACAGACAGAUAGUCUAUCAUUUCAAUGAUCGAUGUUCCAGUGAAAGACCAUAUACCUCUAGAUAGAUGGAUAGACAGAUAGGCAGAAC